AUGGAAAGGGCUUCUAAAAAGGCUCAAGCUGAUAAGAACAAAGCCCUAGGCCCUCCCCAGGCCCCCCCUCUUUCUGUAAUGGCUCCUCCCACAGAAAUUCAAGCUGCUAGAUCUCAGCCUUCUCAUACUCCUUCUCUAUCUCCAGAUAGAUCAUUGCAAGGUGAUACAAAUUUGGCAGAUGCUUCCACUGUUUUUCUAGUAUCCACAGCAGAAUCCAGCAUUAUUCAAGCUGAAACUCAGGAUGUUGCUCUGACUGCUCUUGUUCAGUCAGGCUCUGAAAUUGCCUCCCUCAUUUCUAUGGCCAUCCGCCAAGGCAUCGCUGAAGGUCUUCAUCAGCGGGCUCCUUCUGAGGCUUCAGAGAUGCAGAGUCAUCAGAGCCAUUCUCAUAGGCAUCAGGAAUCCAGAGAUACUGUAAUUCAUCAGGAAUCUCAUGACUCUCCUCAAUCUAAAAGUCAGGAUUCUCUAUCUGAGGGUGAGAUCAUUUCAGAUCAAGAUCUUUCUGAGGAUGAAGGCUUAGAACCAGAUCAGCCUGCCUUUGUGGACCUAUUCAAUUCUCAGAUGUUUAGAUCAUUGUUAUUCAAAGCUCAAAUCACUACACGUAUGCGUCUUCCCAGUUCCAGCUCUGGUUCGUCUUCUUUGUCCUCUGAUCCAACAACAUCUGUGUUUCUGGAACCCACUGUUCGUACUGAAGUUGUUCCUGCUCCCAAACUAUUUUCAGACGUAGUUCAAAGACAAUGGAAUUUCCCAAGUACUGGUCCUCUUCCUAAUUCUCUGGACAAACGUUUCUAUAACUUGGCAACUGACUUUUCCAAUAUAUUACAGGUUCCUUCUGUCGAUUCUCCUGUAGUAGCUUUGUCUUCAUCGUCUCCAGUUUCAGGCCCAGCUGAAGAGGUGUUGCGCCUGGAGGACAAAAGAGCGGAGCGAAAUCUCAUUAAAGGACAUCAGGCUUCCUCAUGGUCUGUACAAGCUUCUUUUGUGACCUCUUUUUUCAACCGCGCUACCAUCCUAUGGCUGAAACAGCUUCAAGAGAGAAUUCCAGCCACUGAUCAUAGGUCUCACCAGGACUUAAACCAAAUUUUGGUAGUGGUGGAAUUCUCUGCAGAUGCCACUCUUAAUGCAGCUUGUUUCUCUGCUAAAGCUAUAGGUUCUUCAGUUACAUCUAGGUGUCUCCUCUGGCUCAAAAAUUGGCAAGCAGAUCAAAGAGCCAAAUGGCGCCUAGCUUCUUCUCUUUUUCAGGGUGACAAGUUGUUUGGGGCUCCUCUAGAACCCCUCCUAGUGGAGACUAAGGAUCAUCGUAAGAUUUUACCAUCUAUUUCUAGAAGAUCGGAGAUCCGCCCACAGACUUCCUUUCAUUCGGGAUCCUUUUGGGCCCACGACUCCAGUUUCUACCAGCAAUGUCCCCAUCGGCCAUUUCAUCCAAGAGGAUCUCACCAACAGGAAUCUCAGCAGGGAGUUGCAGUGGUUUCUCCUACCCUUCCAGCGAGGUUUCUCCUACCCUUCCAGCGAAACCUCAACAGUCCCUCAAACCUCCUACUUCAUCUGACGAGCAACGCCAUCGACUCUCUCAAGUGGUGGACAUCGGAGAAUGUCUCCAAGGGCAGCUCGUUCCUGGAACCUCAACGGUUAGUCAUAACAAUGGAUGCCAGCCUGGUAGGUUGGGGUUCUCAUCUGGGGAGACACAUGAUUCAGGGCAGGUGGGCCCCACAGGAAUGCGAUCUCAACAUAAAUCUCCUAGAGCUCAGGGCGAUCUUCCUAGCCCUUCAGGGGUUCAGGACCCAGGUCCAGGGCAGGGAUGUCCUCAUCCUUACAGACAACAUCAUUGCCAAAGCUCACUUAAACAGACAAGGAGGGAUCCGUUCCUGA